AUGGUAGCGGUCAGUCCAGCUGCAAGCCAAAGACCACAAACGAAGGCUAUAGGAAAACGUGAACUUGAUGAAUUCGGUUCACAUCAAGAUGAUUAUAACAACAAUUGGGAUCGGGCUGGUGUACGGAACCAUCACAUACAUCACGUAAAAACCAUCACCAAAAAGGUUCCCGUUCCUUAUCCAGUACAAGUGGAGAAACAAAUCAAAGUUCCAGUACCAGUUCCAGUUGCAGUCGAAAAGCAAGUUCCAGUGAUAGUGGAAAAGAAGGUUCCGGUGUACGUGGAAAAGAAAAUCCACGUUCCCGUGGAUCGACCGGUGCCAGUUCCGUACGAAGUAACAGUGAAAGUUCCCGUUGUUCAAAAGGAAUACGUUGAAAUACCAAAGCCCUAUCCAGUUCACGUUGAUAAGCCCUAUCCAGUGUUCGUGAAGAAAAAUGUUUACAUUCCAAAACCGAUUCCUGUCUCAGUACGCAUCAAGCAACGCAAGCAUUAA